AUGAUGUUCCGCGCUGCUGCUACCGGCGCCCGCCGCGCGUCGACGCUCGCGGCGUCCACGGCCACGGGCGCGCACUGGCCGUGCUGGAUCGACAACGCCGACGCCGAGGCCGUCGGCGGCGCGACGCUGCCCCUCGAGAACCCGGCGACGGGCCGCGUCGUCGGGAGCUGCGCCGCCGGCGACGCCGCGACGAUCGACGCCGCCGUGGCGUCGAGCGCGGCGGCCUUCCCCGGCUGGCGGGACCUCGGCGCCAUCGGCCGGGGCCGCGUGCUGCGGCGGGCGGCGGACCUGCUCCGCCGCGACCUGCCGGAUAUCGUCGACCUCGAGACGCUGCACACGGGCCGGCCCGCGCGCGAGUACGUCGCGCAGCUCGGGCGCGUGCCCGAGUGGCUCGAGUACCACGCGUCCCUGGCGGAGACGAGCGAGGGAAGCGUGCCGCCCUUCGGGGGCGACGGGGACCACCUCUGCUACGUCGAGCGCGCGCCGCUCGGCGUCUGCGGGCUCGUGACGCCGUUCAACCACCCGCUCCUCAUCGCGGCGAAGAAGCUCGCGCCCUGCCUCGCGACGGGCAACGUCGCCGUCGUCAAGGCGCCCGAGGCCGCGCCGGGCGCCGUCGUGGUCCUCGCGCGGCUCCUCGCCGACGCGGGCGCGCCGCCCGGCGUCGCGAACGUCGUGCCGGGCCUCGGGCCCGACGCGGCGCUCCCGCUGGCGCGCCACGAGAGCGUCGCCCGCGUCGACUUCACGGGCGGGCCCGCCGGCGGCGCGGCCGUCGGCGGCGCCGCGGGCGCGCGGGGGAUCUCGUACACCGCGGAGCUCGGCGGCCACGCGCCCGUGCUCGUCUUCGACGACGCGGACGUCGACGAGGCCGUCGACGGCGCGGCCUUCGCGGCCUUCGUGGCGUCGGGCCAGACCUGCGUGUCGGCGAAGCGCGUGCUCGUGCAGCGGAGCGUCGCCGACGAGUUCGCGGAGAAGUUCGCGCGGAAGGCGGCGUCGCUCGCGGUCGGCGACCCCUUCGACGCGUCGACGGCCAUCGGGCCCCUCGUGUCCCGGAAAAGCCUCGACGGCGCCGUCGCCCACGUCGCCGCGGCCGAGGCCGCGGGCGCGCGCGUCGUCGCGGGCGGCUACCAGGGCAGCACAAGAGAGCGAAAUUCCCAACUUCAAAGGCUCAUAUCUCGGCCGUUUUUCACUCGCGGCUACGCGCCCGCGCUCCCCGGCGCGCUCGCGGGCGGCCACUUCUACGCGCCGACGAUUUUGGCCGACGCGACGCCGGCCAUGGCCUGCUUCCAGGAAGAGUGCUUCGCGCCCGUCGUCGCGCUGGCGGCCUUCGACGACGAGGCCGACGCGGUGCGCCUCGCGAACGCGAACGCGCACGGCCUCGGCGCGGGCGUCUGGACGCGCGACGUGCGCCGCGCGCACCGCGUCGCCCGGGGCCUGCGGAGCGGCGUCGUCUGGGUCAACGCGCACCACCGCAACGCGCCCGACGCGCCCUGGGGCGGCUUCGGCAAGUCCGGCGUCGGCCGCGAGAACGGCCGCGACGCGCAGCGCGAGUACACCGCCGCGAAGACGACCGUCGUCCGCACGGCCGACGCGAAGGAGGACUGGUUCGCCGGCGCGGGCGCGCGCUACGGCUAA